AUGAGAAAUCUCAACGAAGACCCCUUGUUACUACUAAACGUAGGAAAUUGUAAAAUCCAAACAGGAACCUUAAAAAUCAUACAUCCCAUAAAUCUGACCCACAUUCAGGAGUCUAUAGACUACCUAACCACUUCCUUUUAUGAUAAAGUAGAUAUUAGAAAUCCAUUAGGAGAUGUAGUUAAACUAAAAGUGAAGAAACUUUAUAACAAUUUCCUCCAAAUAAAACCACUCCAACAUCACCGACUUAGAAGAUGGGAUACGCUGGGUGCAACAUGGAAAUGGAUCGCAGGGUCGCCGGACGCGCAGGACCUCCGCAUUAUAAACUCCACGCUCAAUGAGUUAAUCACACAGAACAACCAACAGUUUGAAGUAAACAAUCAUAUCAACGAAAGGAUUUCAAACCUGACGGGGACCAUCAACAGAAUCAUCGAGAACAUGAAAACGAAUGAAUUAUUAACCAACGAGAUCACAUCAAUAAUCACGAUAAUUAAUAUCGAUAUCAUCAAUAAACUAUUAGAAGACAUUCAAGAGGCCAUCAUCCUAUCUAAGACGUCAAUAUCAACAAAUAAAAUACUUUCGAUUCAAGAAAUCUCUUUUAUAAAGUCAUUAUUACAAAAUCAAGGCGUGACAAUAGACCUCCCAGACGACGCCUUUCAACAUGUAAUUCCCAAAUUUGCAGUAAGCCAAGGGACCCUUCUGUACAUCCUUCAUGUUCCUCGACUGGACAACAAGACAUCCUCCGUUAUUCAGCUGCACCCCUUAGUACACAGGAACCAAAUCAUCAACAACUAUCCGGAGCAUGUCGUCAAAAUCGGAAACACCCUUUACGCUACUAGCAAUCCGCAGCAGUUCGUUCAGAAAGCAGCAUAUUUGAAAGCAAUAAACGACGCUUGCAUUUACCCACUGAUUUUUGAACAACGAAGUAGUACACGAAAUGGACGUCAUCCACGGGGCACUCCAUAACGUCAGAACGACCUG